AAAAAAAUAAAAAAAAGAGAGAGAUAAGUACUGGAUGGAUCGAUCCUCAACCCGAUCCAUCCAGACUCUUCAGUGCUCGUGCUUCGCGUCUUUCUCUCGCGUGUCUCUCUCUCUCACACACUCUCUCUCUCCAUCGCUGCUGUGCGCUGCUGUCCGCUGCGCCGGCCGUCGCCGCCAGAGCGUCGCGCCGCCGUGCGCUCGCGUUGCUGCCGCGCUGCCGUCCGCCGCGCCGGCCGUCGCUGCCAGAGCUAGCGUCGCGCCGUCGUGCGCCUGCGCGCCGCUGCCGCGUGCGCCGCGCCGCCGCCGUCGCGCCGCCGUGCGCGCUGCCGCCACCUGCUCUGUGCUGGCCGCCGUGAAGAAGCAAGCAGCAGCCAGCACCGAAGAAGCAAGCAAGCUGCCGGCAGAGCAAAGAAGCCAGGAAGAAAAAAGAGAAAAGAAAAGAAAAGAAAAGGAAAGAGGAAAAAAAAAGAAGAAGAAAGAAAGGAAAAAAAAAAGGGAAAAAAAAGAAGGAAAAGGGAAAAGUUGGAAAUUUCGGAUUUUCGUCGGAUUCAUCGUCAAUCUUUCGAAGGUGAUUUCUCGAUGGUACUAUUUUCGGACGUUCUUGAUCGAAUUUUCUUCAUCGUCGGUAAAGGUAUGUUUAGAUGUUGACGUGCAUUUUGGGGAUGGAUCUCGGUAGCUGCACACACUAACUUAUCACGAUGUCGAUAGCUCAACCGGUGUAUACAAGUGGUGUGUCUGAUGGUUCGUCGUUUGUUUUUGUUUAUGUUGUGGUACGACGCUGGUAGCGUCGUGGUGGACUCUAUAUAUAUGCUGGUUAUAUCUGUUUCUGCC